AUGUCGGAAAGCGGGAUCCAGGAGGCGGACAGUGCCUCUGAGUCAGGGCCCACACCAACAGUCGGAAACAGAGUGACUGUGGUUCUGGGGGCUCAAUGGGGCGACGAAGGGAAGGGCAAAGUGGUGGACCUGUUGGCUCAGGACGCGGACAUGGUGUGCAGAUGUCAGGGUGGAAACAAUGCAGGGCACACAGUUGUGGUGGACUCAGUGGAGUACGACUUCCACCUCCUUCCCAGCGGCAUCAUCAACCAAAAGGCCACUGCCUUCAUCGGCAAUGGAGUUGUGAUCCAUCUUCCUGGUUUGUUCGAAGAAGCCGAGAAGAAUGAGCGCAAAGGAAAAGGUCUAAAAGGCUGGGAGGAAAGACUCAUCAUCUCAGAUAGAGCUCACAUAGUGUUUGACUUCCACCAGGCCGUCGAUGGCGUCCAGGAACAGCAGCGACAAGAGCAAGCAGGCAAGAACCUCGGGACAACAAAGAAGGGCAUCGGUCCAGUAUAUUCAGCAAAGGCGGCUCGCUGUGGCCUGAGAAUCUGUGAUCUUCUGUACGACUUUGACCAGUUUUCUGAACGGUAUAAAGGAUUGGCCAAGCAUUACAAAGGCAUGUACCCCACUCUAGAGAUUGACAUUGAGGGAGAGCUGACUAAACUAAAAGGCUGCAUGGAGCGCAUCAAGCCCAUGGUGAGAGACGGUGUCCACUUCAUGUAUGAGGCUCUUCAUGGUUCUCCCAAAAAGAUCCUGGUGGAGGGCGCCAACGCGGCGCUACUCGACAUUGACUUUGCAGUCCUGGGGAUGCAGCGGAGAGCUAAUGAUAAUGCCGAGUGCAGAUGUGCUUCGGAGCAGCCCAGUCGUUAG